AUGACAACCUCCGGCGGUACCCCCAAUCGACCGAUGGCCUCCGACCCGGAGAAGGGCGAUGGGCCCGAAUCCGUCGCACAGGGCCCCGGUCACCCCUCGGAUUCAUCCUCGAUAGGUGCCGGGGCAGACCUACUGGCGGGCGAAGACGAGAAUGUCGCUCUCGUCCGCAAGAUGCAUCUACUAAACAAUGCAAUCGACCAGAUCGGCUGGACAAACUUCCACUGGAAACUCUUCUGCCUCAGCGGCUUCGGCUACGCCGUCGACUCCAUGGUCGCCCUCCUGCAGAGCGUCAUCGCCGCCCAGGCCUACCUCGAGGUCGCACGAAACGGGGGAGGUUACGAGACCGGUCUGAGCAUCGCCUCCUACGCCGGGCUGCUCGUCGGCGCCCUCUUCUGGGGCAUCACCGCUGACGUCAUCGGCCGUCGCACCGCCUUCAACUCGACUCUGUUCAUCGCUGCCGCUGCCACUAUCGUCGCCGGGGCUGCACCUAGUUGGGAGAGCCUCGGCUUUUUUGUGGCGCUUAUCGGCUUUGGUGCCGGUGGUAAUCUCGUCCUGGACCCGACCGUCUUUCUGGAAUAUGUCCCUUCGUCUCAGCAGUGGUCCAUCACCACCAUGGCUUGUUGGUGGGGUGUCGGUCAAGCGUUCACCGGCUUUAUCGCUUGGGGGUUUUUGCCCCAGUCGCGAUGGAACUGCAGCGUCCCCGAGGAAUGCACCUGGCACAACAACAAGGCCUGGAGGCUGGUCUUCUUCACCGCCGGCGCCAUCGUCUUCGUCAUGUCCAUGUCUCGCGUCCUCGUCGUCCGUCUUAAGGAGACCCCCAAGUACCUGCUCGGCCAAGGUCGCGACGCCGAGGUCGUCGACAACCUCCAGGCUAUCGCGAAACGCUACGAUCGCCCCUGCGAUCUCACGCUCGAGCAGCUCGCGUCCCACGGCGACAUCACACCGGCCAAACGAAGAAGAGGCACGCCCCCCGUGAGGCUCGCCCUCUCCACCCUCAUGGUCUGGUUCUCGUGGACCCUCAUUGGCCUGGCUUAUCCGCUCUUCUACGUCUUCCUCCCGUCCAUCAUUUCUAACCGUAUUCCCGUCGAGGAGUCGUCCUACAUCACUUGGCGUAAUUACACCCUGACCAACGUCUCGGGCAUCGUUGGUCCCAUCAUCGCCGGCUUCCUCUCCAACAUCAACUUUAUCGGUCGCAAAUACACCAUGGUCAUCGGUGCCCUUUUGACCAUGGUCUUUUUCUUCGGCUAUACGGCUGUCACCACCACGACGCAAAAUGUCGCUUUUAGCUGCGUUCUUGCCUGCUGCAUCAACAUCUACUACGGCACCCUCUACGCCUACACCGCCGAGAUCUUCCCGUCGGCCCACCGCGCCACGGGGAGCGGCAUUGCCGUCGCCCUGAAUCGCAUCAUGGGUAUGAUCUCUGCCGUCAUCGCUGCCGAGGGAGGCACCGACACGCCCGUCCCGCUCUACGUCUGCGCUGCCCUCUUUCUCGUCCUCGCCUUGGUCUCUGCCGCGUUUCCCUUUGAGCCUCAGGGUCGUCGAAGCUCAUAGAGGCCGCCUCGAACAUAGUCGGUCACAGCAUCUCGAGUCUCGGAAUAUAUGGCAUGAAGCCCUGUUCCACCUCACAAUCUUACUACCUGGAUACGAGAGAUAUUCACAUCAUUGAUACUUAAUAUUCAUUACAUGCAUGGUCUUGAGCAAUACAUUGAUACGAGCCGAGCCGGGCUCGGGUAGCAACAUGGACAGUCAUGUAUCUAUAGCUUCAACGAAAAAGAGCACAUGCACCCGAAGACAUGUACAAUGCGAUGGGUCCAAACUGGUCACUAAGAGCACCAAGUCGUGUUAUCUUUCUCCAUGGUAUAAUUGUAAGUGCGUGGGCCAAGUAUAGGAGUCAAUAUAUUGAGCGAAUGCCCACUGUUAUUAUCCCG